UACAAACAACAACAACAACUUGACUUCAAUAAAUUCCCCCCCCCCAAAUUUCUUUCAAAUUUUUUUUCAAAACUUCUUCUCUCUCUAAUUUCAAAAUUAUUAAUUAAAAUAUAUAAGGAAAAACUUCAAUUUCAGAUAUGGCUGCUGCUAACACCGAUUCACCUCCUCUUUCUGUUAAAGAAAAUGUGACACCAAUUAAUUCAAAGAUUGCGGAAAUAAGUGAAUCGAGGGCGGAACUGCUUAAUAGAAUUCAGAAUUUGAAAAAUGAUCUUCAAAGUUGGAGGUCAAAGUUAGAUACUCAAGUUAAGACCUAUCGUGAUGAGCUUUCAGACCUUAAGAAAACACUCAAUGUGGAAGUGGACCAGCUUCGAUCUGAAUUUCAAGAGCUUAGAACUACUUUACAGCAGCAACAAGAAGAUGUAACUGUUAGUUUAAAGAACUUAGGGCUGCAGGAUGUUUCUGGAGAUGUUAAAGAUACCGAAGGUUCCAAAGACACCGAAGGUUCAAAGGACAUUGAGAGUUCAAAAGAGAAAGAAGAGACCCCUUAAAAGAAACUUAUAACAAAGUUUGCAUUAAGUUAUACUUUUUUAUAAGUUCUACCUAUUAUGUGUUAAUUUUGUAUUGCCUGGAAAACAUAGUAUUAUCAUCUAUGCUAGAUGAUUUUGAAUUACUGAAGUUGUUGACGGAUCUUGUUAUGCAAGAAUUGUAUUCCAUAUCAAAGAGUUCUCUGACUAAA